CAAGACUCUCGCAACAAAGCUAGCGUCACCACUUCAGACGCAGACAGACUAGACCUGACCAUGCCAAUGUCACCGGAGCCGCGAAAGAAGAUCUACACAAAGAGAUCCCGGACAGGCUGCCGGACCUGUCGGGCCCGUCGCAUCAAAUGCGACGAAUCCCCCAACGCAUGCAACAACUGCACCCGAACGGGAAGAAAAUGCGAAGGGUACGAGCUAUACCGAGUCCCACGAGACUCCGGCAAAUCGGACCCGAACUCGCCUCGCAACGCCAGCGUAACGCAGAUCUGCCGGGCAGUGACAUCCAAGCUCCAGUGGAAGGUGACCUCGGACGAGGGACGGUGUCUGGCCUUUUUCGAGCACCAGUCUGUCCCGCAGCUGGUGACGUUCUUUGACUCGCCGCUGUGGCAGCAGUUGGUUCUCGAGCUGUGUUACUGCGAGCCGGCCGUGUUCCAUGGAGUGGUUGCCCUGGGGGCAGUGAACCAGGCGUACGAGAUUGCGGCACGAGGGCCUCCUGGGGGAAGCAGGCGGCUGCUGCUGGGGCGGAAGGGUACGCAGAAUAAAUGGUACCAGUUUGCGAUUGAGCAGGCGGGACGGGCAUUCGCCAUGUUGAACAAGAGGCGCGCGUCGAAUGAUCCGACGCUCCACACCGUCAUCCUGGUCUGCUGUUUGCUGUUCGUGAUGUGCGAGCUGCUGCACAGAAAACUCGGCACCGCGAUCGUGCAUAUGGAGAGCGGACUGCGGAUUCUCCGCGGCAUGAGAGUGCAGCGACAGGCGAUGGGGCUGGUCCUGACUUCUCCAAGCGCGAUAGAGCGCUGCGUGGGCGAGACGUUCCUCUCCCUCCAGGGCGCGUCUGCCUUUUUCGGGAUCAAAGACCCCUUGGACGUCGACACCCGAUAUGUCUUCGAGCAGCCCUACAACCACUACCUCGAGAGCUUCACCAGUCUACAGCAUGCCCGCCAGGUAUUGAAGCCGCUUCUCAACACCGCCUCUAUCUUCGUAGCGCAGUGCAUGCACGCCUCGGAGGCAGAAAUGAAACUCAUCUACCCAACACUGCAGUGCAGACAAUUCCUGUUGGUGGGGUACUUCACGCGGUUUCUGAAGCUGUUCGCGGACUUCUGCGACCGCACAUACGGGACCUCCUCCUUCACCACCCCCACGACCAGCGACGACCCGACGCAGCGCAAAGCCUACCGCGAGGCGGAAAUCACUCGCCUCUCGGCCCUCUACAGCCUCCUGGCCGCCAAAUUGUUUCUGUACGACAAAACCCGCCCGGUCCCGGACUCUCUGACCCCGGAAUGCGAGGCGGUGAUUGUCGCCGCCGAGACGGCAAUGGACAAACUCCCCAGCCAGUCGCCGACCAUCACCGUCCAUCAUGAGAUCGUGCCCGCCUUGAACGUGGCGACCAUCCGGUGUCCGGACUAUCGGAUUCGCUGUCGAGGCAUCGCUAUGAUGAGAAGUUGGGGCGCGAUAGAAGGGUUUAUGAGCGCUUCUCUGAAUGCGGAUCUCAUGGAGGAGAGCAUGAAACAGGAGCUGCUGUACUGGUAUCGGAGUGCGGAGGGGGGAAAUCCCCCCGGUGUGACGUUUGAGAUGAAUCCGGAUGGUCGGGUCACGGCGCGUAUCGAGUAUCGAUUGCGCAAGGCGGAGAGGGAUUGUCGUCUGGUUUUGGAGAGGAAUGAGGAUCUGGUUGCCCAGCUCCUCGACAUUGAGAACGCCGAGAAUUGGCCGUGUGUGAGGUCGUUGGGGCUGCUUGAUCAUGUUAAGCGGUGAAAGUCUUUUGUCUGGUCCUACGGCUUAAGGAUGAGUGAAAGGUGUCGAGUGUCGAGUACACCUGGAUUGUGGGAAGAGGAAAACGGAACCUCUCAAUAGUUCAAGAUAGAAAAUGGUUCACAUCCCCCACUGUCGGAGAAAGAUAAGAUCAAGGCCAUCGACAAGGUCGCACAACCCAUCGCGUGCCAACCCGAACUGCAGCCACAGCCCGCACCAACGUGACACAGAUAAUGCCGCGGCCGCUUCAGCCCUAACUGACUCUAUUCUUCACUCUUGAGGGCCUCAAAAACAAUCAAAAGGUUGGAUUUUCAAGAGGACAAAAAAGAAGAGGA